AUGACUUCUCCAACAGAAGUGUUGGGCUACAAAAAGGUUGGGUCUAGUCAGAACUUUGGGAGUUCUGUGUUUGCCUUUGUGUCAGUUAGUCCAUGUCAGUGUAAGUUCCUGCCAAGGUAUCCUUUUGCUAAGCCUAAAAUUCAGAGUGAUCAGUCUGAGUUUGCUGUUGGGACAACUUGGGAAUAUGAAUGCCUUCCUGGGUAUGUCAAGAGGUCAUUCUUUAUCACCUGCCUAGAGACCUCCAAGUGGUCAGAUGCUCAGCCAAUCUGUAAACGUAAAUCAUGUGUGAGUCCUAGAGAACUCCUCCAUGGCUCUGUCCUUACACCCAGGGGUAUCGUGUUUGGGUCAACAAUUACAUAUUCUUGUGAUAAAGGAUAUCGACUCAUUGGUGACUCCUCUGCCACAUGUAUUAUCUCAGACAAUAUUGUAACCUGGGAUAAGGAAAUGCCUUUUUGUGAAUCUAUUCCUUGUGAGUCACCCCCAGCCAUCUCCAAUGGAGACUUUUACAGCAGCAGUAGAGAGGACUUUUACUAUGGAAUGGUGGUUACUUAUAAGUGCCAUGUUGGACAGAAUGGGAAAAAGCUGUUUGACCUCGUGGGUGAGAAGUCAAUAUACUGCACCAGCAAAGACAAUCGAGUUGGCAUCUGGAGCAGCCCUCCCCCUCGGUGUAUUCCUGUAGUCAAAUGCCCAAUUCCAGAAGUUGAAAAUGGAAUUAUGGAAUCUGGAUUUAGACGCUCAUUUUCCUUAAAUGAUUCUGUGAUGUUUAAGUGUAAGCCUGGCUUUACCAUGAAAGGCAGCAACACAGUAUGGUGCCAACCAAACAGCAAAUGGAACCCUCCACUGCCAAGGUGCUUCAAGGGGUGUCUACCACCUCCACAUAUCUACCACGGUAAUUAUAACAAAUUGGAUGAGGAAUUCUUUGCAGUUGGACAGGAAGUGUCCUACAGCUGUGAGCCUGGCUAUACUCUCAUUGGAACUAACCCUAUGCAGUGUACCUCCUUGGGAACCUGGAGCCAUCCAGCCCCCAACUGUGAAGCGAAAUCAUGUGAUGCCAUUCCACACCAACUUCUCAACGGUCAUGUGGUAGCUCCUCCUAAUCUCCAGCUUGGGGCAGAGGUUGCAUUUGUUUGUGAUAAGGGGUACCGGUUAAAUGGCCAAUCUUCUAGUCAGUGUGUCUCAGAAGGAAUGAGAGUACUCUGGAAUAAUAAGUUUCCUGUCUGUGAACGGAUUUUUUGUGACCCUCCUCCUCCUAUCAAAAAUGGGCAGAAGAGUUAUCAUCCUAGUCCCAUAGCUGUUAACGCUGUGGUGAGGUACAGAUGUUUGAGUGCCUUCCGCCUCAUUGGAGAAAGUAUUCUUUUUUGUAUAACUAAAGACAAUGUGAAUGGAAUCUGGGAUAAAGCUGCUCCUAUCUGUGAAUAUUACAAUAAAAAUUCUAUUUGCUCUGAGCCCAUAGUACCAGGUGGAUACAGAAAUAAAAUGUCUAGACCACCAUAUAGACAUGGUGAUUCUGUGACAUUUACCUGUAAUACCAACUUCACCAUGAAAGGAAACAAAACUGUUUGGUGCCAAGCAAAUAAAACAUGGGGACCAACACCACUACCAACCUGUGAGAGUGAUAUCUCCCUGGAGUGUCCAUCGCUUCCCACAAUCGCCAAUGGGCAUCACACAGGGGAGAGUGUUGAUUCCUUUGCCCCAGGAUUGUCUGUGACCUACAGCUGUGAACCUGGUUACUUGCUUCUUGGAGAAAAGACCAUUCUCUGUUUGUCUUUGGGAGACUGGAGUGCUGUCGCUCCCACGUGUAAAGAGGCACAGUGUGAACCUCCAAGACCAUUUCUCAAUGGGCAGUUAAAGAGGCCCACAAGUCUUCGUGUUGGUGCAACUGUGAACUUUUCCUGUAAUGAAGGGUAUCGAUUACAAGGCCAACCUUCUAGCCAGUGUGUAAUUGUUGGACAGCGUACUUUUUGGACCAAGAUGCCAGUAUGUGAAGAAAUUCUUUGCCCACCACCUCCUUCUAUUCUCAAUGGAAGACAUACGGGCAGCUCUACAUUGAAUGUUCGGUAUGGAAGCACAGUCACUUACACCUGUGACCGGGGCCCAGAGCAAGGAGUGAACUUCAUUCUCACUGGGGAGAGAACCAUCCGUUGUACCACUGAUAGUCAGAAGAUUGGGACCUGGAGCGGCCCUGCCCCACGCUGUGAACUUUCUGUUUCUGAGGUUCGGUGUCCACCUCCCCAGAUCCUAAGAGGCCAAAUAUCAUCUGGCCAGAAAGAUCAAUAUUCCUAUAAUGACACUGUGGUAUUUGCUUGCGUAUUUGGCUUCACCAUGAAGGGCAGCAAGGGAAUCCGAUGUAACGCCCAAGGCACAUGGGAACCAUCGGUACCAGUCUGUGAAAAGGAUUGUCAAGCUCCUCCUAAAAUCCUCCAUGGGCAAAAGGAAGAUAGACACAUGAUUCACUUUGACCCUGGAACAUCCAUAAAAUAUACCUGCAACCCUGGCUAUGUGCUGGUGGGAGAAGAAUCCAUACAUUUGGCAGAAUGUGAACCUAUAGGAAAGCAAGUCUUUAAAAAACCCAAGAACCAACUUAUUAGACCAGAUGUCAACUCUUCUUGUGAUGAAGGGUACCGGCUAGCCGAGAGUGUUUAUCAGCAGUGCCAAGGCACAAUUCCUUGGUUUAUGGAGAUUCGUCUCUGUAAAGAUAUCACCUGCCCACCACCCCCUGUUAUCUACAAUGGAGUACACACAGGGAGUUCCUCAGAUGUCCUAUAUGGUACCACAGUCACUUACACAUGUAACCCUGGGCCAGAGAGAGGAGUGAAGUUCAACCUCAUUGGGGAGAGCACCAUCCGUUGUACAAGCAAUGAUCAAGAGACGGGCAUCUGGAGUGGCCCUGCUCCUCUCUGUAAACUUUCCCUCCCUGCUGUUCAGUGCUCACAUGUCCAUGUUGCAAAUGGAUACAAGAUAUCUAGCAAGGAAGCCCCAUAUUUCUACAAUGACAGUGUGAUAUUCAAGUGUAAUAAUGGAUUUGCUUUGAAGGGCAGCAGUCAGGUUCGUUGCAAAGCCAAUAACACCUGGGAUCCUGAAAUACCAGUUUGUGAAAAAGAAGCACCAUGCCAACCUUUGAAAGAAGGUCUUCAAGAGCUUCCAGUUGGUUCACCCGUGGUACCAGUUAAUAUGUCCUGCCAAGAUGGGUACCAGUUGACUGGAUAUGCUUAUCAGAAAUGUCAAGAUGAUAAGAAUUGGGUUUGGUUCCAAAAGAUUCUACUUUGUGAAGUUAUCCACUGUCAAUCUCCACCAGUGAUUAACAAUGGGAGGCACAGGGGUGUGAUGGCAGAACACUUUCUGUAUGGAAAUGAAGUCUCUUAUGAAUGUGACCAAGGAUUUUAUCUUCUGGGAGAGAAAAGUAUACGGUGCAUAAGUGAUUCUAAAGGACGUGGAUCUUGGCGUGGACCUCCCCCACAGUGCAUAAAGUCUCCUCCUGUGACUCACUGCCCUAAUCCAGAGGUCACACAUGGAUACAAGCUAAAUAAAACUCGUUCUUCAUAUUCCCACAAUGACAUAGUACAUGUUGCCUGUGAUCCCGGCUUCAUCAUGAAUGGGAGUCACUUGAUUAGGUGUCAUACUGACAACAAAUGGGUGCCCGCUGUACCAACUUGUAUCAAAAAGGAGGUGAACUGUAGCUUCCCAGAGCAUAUAAAUGGAAUCCAGAGUGGGCUUCAGCCUGGAAAAAUGUAUCAGUAUGGAGCUGUCAUCACUUUAGAAUGUGAAGAUGGGUAUACCCUAGAAGGCAGUCCCCAGAGCCAGUGUCGGGAAGAUCACGGAUGGAACCCUCCCCUGGCUGUUUGCAAAUCCCCAAGUUUUUCCGCAGGGGUAGUAGCUCUUUUCUGCUUGGGUGCUAUCACCUUACGCAUGAUAUUAAAACACAGAGAACGUGUGGCCUUGCAUGGACUGACCAAGGGAGAGAGUGGCAGAGAUGAAACCAGAGAGGUACAGGAGGAGGGUGAGGAUGGUCGACCCUACAGAACCCUGGGAGCGGAACCGGGUGUGUGGUACUUCUCUCGGCUGCACUUUCCCCUGACUUCGAUUUUCUCCGAGAUCGCAUCUGGUUACUCGAGGCCCUUGGGGAGGAUGGGAGCCACUUCUCCGAGGAGCCAGGAGCCUUUCCUGCCGCCAGCGUUCCCUACCUUCUGUCCCGGAGGAGCCCUCCUGGCCGUUCUGGUGCUGCUCGCGCUGCCGGCGGCCUGGGGUCAAUGCCAAUCCCCGGUGCACCUUACAUUUGCCAUGCCUACCGAACUGAUUGACAAAGAUGAGUUUCCUGUUGGGACAUCUUUGAAGUAUAAAUGCCGCCUUGGUUACUACAGAAGAGAAUUCUCUAUCACCUGCCUGCAAAACUCUGUCUGGUCAAGCCCUGAAAACAACUGUAGGCGUAAAUCAUGUGGAUCUCUUCCAGAGCUCAUAAAUGGCAAAAUGGACAUCAACAAAGACACCCAGUUUGGAUCAACUGUUACUUAUUCUUGUAAUGGAGGAUACCGACUCAUCGGUAAAUCCUCUGCUGCAUGCGUCAUCUCUGGCAACUCUGUCACCUGGGAUAAUGACCCACCUAUUUGUGAGAGCAUUCCUUGUGGGCCACCCCCAGCCAUCGCCAAUGGAGAUUUCAUUAGCACCGACAGAGAAUACUUUCAAUAUGGAAUAGUGGUGACCUAUCACUGCAAUCUUGGAGAGAGAAGGCAGAAGCUGUUUGACCUCGUGGGUGAACGGUCAAUAUAUUGCACCAGUGAAGACAAUCAAGUUGGCAUCUGGAGUGGCCCUCCCCCUCAGUGCAUUACACCUAAUAAAUGCACGCCUCCAGUCAUUGAAAAUGGAAUAAGGAUGUCUGAGAACAAAAGCUUAUUUUCUUUACAUGAAAGGGUGAGGUUUAGGUGUCAGCCUGGCUUUGCCAUGAAAGGACCCUCCACUGUUGAAUGCCAGGCCCAAAACAAGUGGAGGCCUGAGUUGCCCAGCUGCUCCAGGGUAUGUCAGCCACCUCCAAAAGUCUUGCAUAGUAAACACACCCCAAGCCACAAGAACAACUUUUCUUCUGGGCAGGAAGUGUUCUACAGCUGUGAGCCUGGCUAUGAUCUCAGAGGGGCUGCUUCUCUGCAUUGUACGCCCCAGGGAGACUGGAGCCCGUCAGCCCCCGAAUGUGCAGUGAAAUCAUGUGCUGACUUCCUGGACCAGUUACCUAAUGGACAUGUACUCUUUCCACUUAAUUUUCAGCUUGGAGCAAAAGUAUCCUUUGUUUGUGAUGAGGGAUUCCAAUUAAAAGGCAGUUCUGCUAGUUACUGUGUCUUGGUUGGAAUGGAAAGCCUUUGGAACAGCAGCAUUCCUGUGUGUGAACAAAUCUUGUGUCCAAAUCCUCCUGAUAUCCUUAAUGGGAGACACACAGGAAAACCUGUUGAAGUCUUUCCUUUUGGAAAAGAAGUCACUUACACAUGUGACCCGCACCCAGAGAGAGGGAUGAUCUUCAGCCUCACUGGGGAGAGCACCAUCCGCUGUACCAGUGACAGUCAAGGAAACGGAAUUUGGAGCAGCCCUGCCCCUCACUGUGGACUUCCGGGUCAUUGUAACACCCCAGGUCAUUUUCAAUUUGCCAAGUUGAAAAUCCAGACCAAUGAAUCUGAGUUUCCCAUUGGGACAUCUUUAACGUAUGAAUGCCACCCUGAGUACCACAGGAAGUCAUUUUCUAUCACGUGUCUACAAAACCUCAUGUGGUCAAGUGCCAAAGAUGUCUGUAAACGUAAAUCAUGUAACACUCCUCCAGAUCCUGUGAAUGGUGUGGUGCACAUAGAUACAGACACCCAGUUCGGAUCCAGAAUCAAAUUUUCUUGUAAUAGAGGGUAUCAACUCAUUGGUCACUCAGCUGCUGAAUGUAUUAUCUCAGGCAAUACUGUCUUUUGGGAUUCAGAGCCACCAAUUUGUGAACGCAUUCCUUGUGGGCCACCCCCAGCCAUCGCCAAUGGAGAUUUCAUUAGCACCGACAGAGAAUACUUUCAAUACGGAACAGUGGUGACCUAUCACUGCAAUCUUGGAGAGAGAAGGCAGAAGCUGUUUGACCUCGUGGGUGAACGGUCAAUAUAUUGCACCAGUGAAGACAAUCAAGUUGGCAUCUGGAGUGGCCCUCCCCCUCAGUGCAUUACACCUAAUAAGUGCACGCCUCCAGUCAUUGAAAAUGGAAUAAGGAUGUCUGAGAACAAAAGCUUAUUUUCUUUACAUGAAAGGGUGAGGUUUAGGUGUCAGCCUGGCUUUGCCAUGAAAGGACCCUCCACUGUUGAAUGCCAGGCCCAAAACAAGUGGAGGCCUGAGUUGCCCAGCUGCUCCAGGGUAUGUCAGCCACCUCCAGAAGUCCUACAUGGUAAACACACUCCAAGCCACAAGAACAACUUUUCCUCUGGGCAGAAAGUGUUCUACAGCUGUGAGCCCGGCUAUGAUCUCAGAGGGGCUGCUUCUCUGCACUGCACGCCCCAGGGAGACUGGAGCCCAGAAGCUCCCAGAUGUGCAGUGAAAUCAUGUGCUGACUUCCUGGAUCAACUUCCUAAUGGACAUGUGCUCUUUCCACUUAAUUUCCACCUUGGAGCAAAAGUGUCCUUCAUUUGUGAUGAGGGGUUCCAGUUAAAGGGAAGCUCAGCCAGUUACUGUAUCUUGGUUGGAACGAAAAGCCUUUGGAAUAACAGUGUUCCUGUGUGUGAACAAAUUUUUUGUCCAAAUCCGCUGGCUAUCCUUAAUGGGAACCACACAGGAAAUUCUCUGGGAAGCAUUUCCUGUGGAAAAGAAAUAUCUUGCACAUGUGACCCCCACCCAGACAGAGGGAUGACUUUCAGUCUCUUUAGGGAGAGCACCAUCCACUGCACAAGUGACAGUCAAGGGAAUGAGGUUUGGAGUAUCCCUGACCCUCACUGUGAACUUUCUGGUUCUGUUGGUCAUUGUAAAGCCCCUAAACAGUUUCCAUUUACAAAGCCUACAAUCCUGACUGAUGAGUCUGAGUUUCCAGUUGGGACAUCUUUGUAUUAUGAAUGCUUCCUUGGGUAUUUUGAAAAUAUGUUCUCUAUCACCUGCUUAGAAAACUUGGUCUCGUCAAGUGCCAAGAUAUUUAGAGAUAUGAGAAAAUCAUGUGGAAGACCUCCAGAACCCUUCAAUGGCAUGGUGCACAUAAACACAGACACCCGGUUUGGAUCAACAGUUAAUUAUUCAUGUAAUAAAGGGUAUCGACUCAUUGGCUCCCCUUCUGCUACUUGUCUUCUGUCAGGCAUUGAUGUCACUUGGGAUAAGAAGGCACCUAUUUGUGAGAGUAUACAUUGUGAGCCACCCCCAGCCAUAUCCAAUGGAGAAUUCUACAGCAGCAAUAGAAACGUUUAUCAAUAUGCAACAGUGGUAACUUAUCAGUGUCACACUGGACCAGAUGGAGAAAAGCUGUUUGACCUCGUGGGAGAACAGUCAAUAUACUGUACCAGCAAAGACAAUCAACUUGGUGUUUGGAGCAGCCUACCUCCUCAGUGUAUUUCUGCUAAUAAAUGCACAACUCCAGAAGUUGAAAAUGGAAUUAGAGUGUCAGGAAAUAAGAGUUCAUUUUCCUUAAAUGAGAUUGUGAGAUUUAGCUGUCAGCCUGGCUUUGUCAUAAGAGGGUCCAACACUGUGCAAUGCCGGGCCAACAACACAUGGGUACCUGAGCUGCCAAGCUGCUCCAGGGUAUGUCAACCACCUCCAGAAAUCCUGCAUGGUAAGCACAUCCCAAGCCACAAGGGUGACUUUUCCUCUGACCAGGAAGUGUUCUACAGCUGUGAGCCUGGCUAUGAUCUCAAAGGGGCUGCUUCUCUGCGCUGUACACCCCAGGGAGACUGGAGCCCAGAAGCUCCCAGAUGUGCAGUGAAAUCAUGUGCUGACUUCCUGGACCAACUUCCUAAUGGACGUGUGCUCUUUCCACUUAAUUUCCAGCUUGGAGCAAAAGUAUCCUUCAUCUGUAAUGAGGGGUUCCGGUUAAAAGGCAGCUCUGCUUGUCAUUGUGUCUUGGUUGGAAUGAAAAGCCUUUGGAACAGCAGUGUUCCUGUGUGUGAACAAAUCUUUUGUCCAAAUCCUCCAGCUAUCCUUAAUGGGAAACACACAGGAACUUCUCUGGGAGACAUUCCUUAUGGAGAAGAAAUUGGUUACACAUGUGACUCCCACCCAGACAGAAGGAUGACCUUCACCCUCACUGGGGAGAGCACCAUCCGCUGUACCAGUGACAGUCAGGGAAAUGGGGUUUGGAGUGGCCCUGCCCCUCGCUGUGAACUUUCUGUUCCUACUGCUUGUCCACAUCCACCCAAGAUCCACAAUGGCCACCACAUUGCAGGACAUGCCUCUCCAUAUCUUCCUGGGAUGACAGUCAACUACACCUGUGACCCAGGCUACAAGUUGGUGGGAAAGGCCUUCAUUUUCUGUACACACCAGGGAACCUGGAGCCUGUUUGAUCUUUAUUGCAAAGAAGUAAAAUGUAGCCUCCCACAGAUUAUGAAUGGAAUCCAGAAGGAACUGAAAAUAAGAAAAGUAUAUCACUCUGGAGAUAAUGUAACUUUGGAGUGUGAAGAUGGGUAUACUCUGGAAGGCAGUCCCUGGAGUCAGUGCCAGGAAGAUGACCUGUGGGACCCUCCUCUGGCCAUAUGUACCUCUCGCACGAGUGAUGAUCUCAUAGUUGGCAUGUCCUUUGGUAUGGUCCUCUUGAUUUUAUCCGUCAUUGUUUCCUGUUUGAUAAUUCUAAAGUGCAAAAAAGGCAACAAUACAGAUGAAAACUUGAAAGAAGCAGUUAUCCAUUUGCAUCCCAAAGAAGGCAGUGGUGUCCAUCCUCAUACUCUGCAAACAAAUCAGGAAAAUAUCAGGGGUCCUUUCCUGGUAACACAGCGAAGGCUAAUUGACUUUAGCAGUUGGGAGAACAAUGACCAAACCUUUCGUGAUUUUGAAAUCAGGCUAUGA